AUGGCGUACGAAUUCCUCUCGGCAGACACCGCCAUGCACGCCGAGGACUCGCCGUGGGACGACGCCCCCGGGCAUACGGAGGAGGCGGGGUGGGCGAGGAUGGCGGGCGAGUAUACGAACGCAGGCUACCGCGAGGGCAUCACCGCGGGCAAGGAAGCCGCGCUCCAGGAGGGGUUCGACGCCGCCUUUGCGCGCGUCGGCGUCCCCCUCGGGCGCCAGCUGGGCGUGCUCCGGGGGACGUGUGCGGCGCUCGUGGCGUUCCUCGCCUCCUCCUCCUCCUCCUCCUCCUCCUCGCCCUCUGACCCGACCGCGCGAAUGGAGGUCCAGACGUACCUGGAGGAAGCGCGCGAGAUCCAGACCCAGCUCGCGCGCGUGCGCUUCUCGGACGUCGACCCCGGCGACGAGGAGGCGGAGAGACACGCGCGGGAACAUGCGGGGGAGGACGAGGGGCUGGGGGUGGAGAUGGAGAUGGUGGGUGGGGACGAGGGCGCGGAGAGGAGGAGGGUGGAGGCGGUGGAGGAUAUGCUGGAGAGGAUGGGGGUGGAUGGGAGGGAAGGGGAAAGAGGGAAGGGGAGGGGGAGGCCGACGGUGGGGGAUGUGAGGAGGCUCAGGGAAAGGCUCGAGGGGCUCCUGGAGAGUGUGGGGGUUGAAGUGGACUUGAGUUGA